UUCUCCAUAGACACAGAUCGAUUAAGCUCCCCAGAUCAGUUCUCCCACGAAAGCCCCUUCUUUCUUCUUCCUUCCUCUAAAACAUGAAGCAAAAAAUAGUUAUCAAGGUGCUAAUGACCUGUGACAAAUGCAGAACCAAGGCCAUGAAGAUUGCCGCAAAAACAUCUGGUGUGAACUCGGUGGCAAUAGAAGGUUCAGAUAAAGAUCAGUUGGUGGUGAUUGGCGAAGGUGUCGACACGCCUAACUUGACCCGCUCGCUAAGGAAGAAGCUGUGCUAUGCGGAAAUAUUGAAGGUGGAAGAAGUGAAGCCAAAAGAAGAAGAGAAGAAGCCAAAAGAAGAAGAGAAGAAGCCAAAAGAAGAAGAGAAAAAGCCGCCGUUAUGUCCGACGUUGUCCCUCUGCCAUCAAUAUCCACCAUUUCCUAUGUACUGUGAGCCCAUGUACUGUGAACCCCUCCGCUGUGCCUCUUCAAGUGACGGUGGCUGCUUUAUCAUGUGAUCCAUAUUGUCUGAUUAUUUGCAACCCCGAUUUAUGAGGUCUGAUCCAUUUUUCCUCUUUGUCUCUCUCGAUCAAGUUUAGUGUAAUAACGACGUGUAUGUCACAGAUUAUUAUUGUUAUUUUUUUGUUCUCUUGGCCAAUAUUGGCUGGAAUAAUGAAUCAGCAACUGGGGUUUAUGUCUUUUAAACAAGAAUAUCUGUUGAGGAAUUUGAUAAUCCAUGAGCCAAAAGCACGUACAAGUAA